UUCGCUCUCUCUCUCUCACACACACACACAGAUGGGCAAUGCAGCUUCUUGUGCUCCUUCAAUAAUCUCAAAUGGAGCGACAAAAGUCUUGUCCCAAGAUGGAGCAAUGGAGGUCUACACAAGGCCAGUGAAAGCAGCAGAGCUAAUGCUCGAAAACCCCGGGAAGUUCGUCUGCGAUUCGAGCAGCCUCGUGGUCGGUCACCGGAUUCAAGGCCUUUCGGCCGAUGGCGAGCUAGAGAAGCGCCAAUUGUACCUACUUCUUCCAAUGGAGCUUCUCUACUCUGUUCUAACACAUGAAGAAAUGAGCUCUUUCACUACUUUUGGGGGUACAAAUUCAAAGCCCCCAAAUAGUAACAACAAGAACAAUGGCGGUAGUUUGGCCAAUUUUGGCAAGAUUUUUCCUUCUCUUGGUGAGUUUUGUACGUUCCUUCCUAAUUCAGAAUCCAAGACUUUGGGAAGUCCUGUUAAUUAUCAUUCUGAUCCUGUUGAUCAGAGGUUAUACUCCAAGCAAAGGUCUUGGAGACCUGCUUUAGAGACCAUUUUUGAAACUCCACAGCGCUUUGGUGCUGACUUUGGGCGUCGCGGUGCUGGACUGGACAGAAAGCAGAGCGUUGCGGUGCUGAGUUUGGGCGCCGCGGCGCUGAGUUUAGGCGCCGCGGCGCUGAGUUUGGGCACUGCGGCGCUCGGGCUUGCGUGGACAGUUUCUGGUUUUCCAGAAACUGGCGCUGCAGCACCCGAAACUGGCACAUCGUCGUAA